AUCAAGUACAUUGCACUGAGGGAGCAGGCUAUAAAGACGGACUGAUAUCCACCAUGAUCUCUACUUCUAUAUAUCCUUUCUACAGUCUUAUUCCCUCGUCAUGUCCAGGAGAAACGAUGAUCGCAAGGACAUUGUUAUAGUCGGUGGCGGCUGGGCUGGUUUCAUUCUCACUAGAGCCUUGUCCGCCAAACUCGACCCGGCCAAGUACAACCUUAUCUUGGUCACAGCACGACGGUCUUUUAUCCACCUCAUUGCUUCCGCUCGUAUGGUGGUUACUUCUGAGGGUAAACUGGAGAAUCAGGCAAUCUUCCCUUACGAUGGCUUGUUUGUUAACGGAAACGGUACUCACGUCGUUGGUACUGUGACUGCAAUCGACGAGGUUGCUCCAGGAAAAGGUGGCGAUGUCAUCCUUACCAAUGAUGAGAGGAUACAUUAUGAUGUCCUCGCCUUGGCUACCGGAUCCACAUGGUCAGGGCCGCUGAACUUCCCUCAAUCCGAUGCAGAGGUCAUUGCAUCCAUCAAUGACUGGCGAAACAAAAUCGCUAACGCUAAGCAUGUCGUCGUGGUCGGUGGAGGUGCUGUCGGUAUUGAAAUUGCUGGCGAAAUUAAGGAUACAUACCCUAAAAAAAAGGUCACCCUUGUCCAUUCGGAGAAGCAGCUUCUCAACGAUGUCUAUCCAGACAAGUGGCGCCAGGAUAUCGAACGCCGCGUGCGCAAGCGCAACAUUGACCUUAUUCUGGGUGACAGGCUCGACUCGUUCCCAGAACCGGGGGCCGUCGGUGUAACCACUCGCAAUGGAAAACAACUCCGUGAUGCAGACCUUAUCAUUCCUGCAUUCGGCGCGAGACCAAAUACCGCUUAUCUUUCUUCGCUCGAUACCACCGUCCUGUCGGAGCAGGGCUUCGUCAAGGUCAAACCGACUCUGGAGGUGGUAAAUCAUCCAAGCGUGUUUGCUUUGGGUGACAUCAUCGAUUGGCCUGAACAGAAGCAAGCCGCCAAGACCAAGGCGCACGCCGACGUUGUUGCUGCAAAUAUACAAAGCUACCUUACUGGCCAACCGCUAAGCAAGGUCUAUAAGGGUAGUCCUGAGAUGAUUGUGGUCCCUCUCGGGAAGAGCGGGGGUUCGGGCUAUUUGGGUAUUCUCUGGGGAGUUAUCGUGGGUGAUUGGCUGACGAAAUUAUUAAAGGGCAAAACGCUUAUGGUGCCCCCGGUUAGAAAGGAGUUCGGAUUAGCAUAGAGACUUCCUGUUGUCCUCACAUUCGUUUCGCUUGUUGUUUCUUGUUCCCGCUUCAUAGUUGCAUCUUUAUCCGUAUUAUAGUACCCCGCCCAUCAUCGUAUUCGAAUGAUAUAAUGUAUGCUUCCAAGUCCGGCCGAGAAGAUAUGCUUCGGUGUCCCAAGUCUCGUCCGAUGAAAGCUUGUGAUGUGUAGAGCGUAUGAAAGACUGCCAUCAGACCAACCACGGUGCGAAUAGAAGGCCGUGAUCAUAAAAUUAUAUCCUAAUCGUCCAUCCGACACCAAAGAUACGUAGCCUACAAGACAGAAACAUGAAUACCCCAAAGUCAUGAGAUGGUAAUCAGUGAAAGCGUGCCAAUAAAUAUCUCGCACAAUUGAAACAAUGUCAAUCAAGUCGAGCAGACUUGCGAGUGAGCUUAUCACCUCCCCUUCCUCGAUAAUAGUCGUCCAUGGUCUCGUCCCACACUAAUCGUUUGAUGAACAAAACGACCAGGGCAAGAAUGCUGACGACGGCAAACACGAAUCGCCAUGGAUGAUGUGCAAUUAGUUGCUCGAGGGACAUAAGUUUCUGGUUCACGUA